AUGGUGACUGGCACCGACUGGGGGCUGAAGACAGAGUACCCCAUGGAUGUGGCUUCGGGGAUCUGCCUGGGGGUUAUGGGACGGGCAGGCUCAGAUAUUGACAGCAUGGGCUUCAUCUUCAUCAAUUCCAUCGAAUCCACAGUCAUGACCAACAUGGAGAACCCCACUCUGAACCAAGUCAUCCCCCAGGUGAAAAUGGAGGAGAUCAAGUCCAUGACGUACACCAACAGCUCCUCUGUUGCCCAGGAGUACACCCUGGAAACCUCCAAAACCAUAACCAAGACCUCCUCGUGGUCUGUCACCAACAACAUGCAGUUCACCUUCAACAUGCAAGUGAAGACAGGAAUCCCGCAGUUAGCUGAGGUUUCCUCUGGAUUCAGCUGGACAGUGGGAACUGAAGACACCUAUAGUGUGGAGAACAAAAUGGAGACAACUGAGCAUCUUUCAUUCAAGACCCAAGUCCCUGCAGGGAAGACCAUGGAAGUUGCCAUCACACUUGGUCAUGCAAAUGUUGAUCUUCCAUACAAGGGUAUUGUUAAGGUAACCUGCUAUUCAGCCAUAUGA